AGAAUUCGGCUGGAGAUUGACAUUGUGCCGAAGAAUAUGAAGCGGACAUGCACACUAUUAUCUCUUUUAAUAUUCACGGAAAUUGCAGCAACGUAUUAUGCUGGAGUAGAAACGGCAGACAUGAGUGCUCACAGUUAUGUUGAAGAGAGAAGGGGGAAGGUUAAUUUAAGACAUAAAAAAGGAAGUGAUAACGGGAGCCAUACUGGUCCCUGGAUGGCGUGGAGCGCGUGGAGUGGGUGCCGGGACGGGCGGCGCUCGCGGCGGCGGCACUGCCUGCGGCGCGGGCGCUGCGGCGACGCGCUGCAGGUCCAAGUGGCAAGCUGCGAGUUCCCGAGAAGCCUCGUGCCACCUGCGUCGCUGCAUAUACAAUCAAUCCAAAGUCGCCAGUUAGACAUGAACGAGGACGUCCAGAAGAGAUUCCGAGGUUUCUCGACGUGGACUCCGUGGAGUACCUGCUCCCGGCGAUGUACUACCGUCAGAAAAAGGCACUGCCGCCGGCCAGCCUUAUGUGGGCGGAAGGUGAUCCGGCAGAGCGCACUCUGCUACCUCGAGGGAAGCUUCUGCCACCGCUGGAUCCGCGGCCGCAUGCGCCGCAAGGACCCAGAAAAAACCGCACCCAACACGCACUCGCACGUAGAAGAAACAAUGCCGCCACCAGCGCUAGCGCUCCAUCCUGAAGACACGCGGGUGACACCCAACGUGAAGCUCGAAUGUGGUAGAAUAGGGCAACGCGGCACUGCGCGAGCGCGGCUCCGCGGCAUGCUGCGCAUCAUCGGCGGCAGGCCGGCGCCGCCGGGGAAGUGGCCGUGGCAGGUCGCCGUACUCAACCGGUAUAAGGAAGCAUUCUGCGGAGGUACGCUGAUAUCGCUCCGCUGGGUAGUGACAGCGGCGCACUGCGUUCGAAAGCGCCUUUACGUACGUCUCGGCGAACACGAUUUGCUUCUUCGGAACCGCGGUGAACUCGAAAUGAGGGUCACCGAGGCCGUCAUCCAUCCUCUGUAUGACCCUGACACUGUCGUCAACGACGUCGCGAUGCUACGGCUGCCCGGGCCCGCCCGUUUGGAUAUGGGGCACGGCAUCGCGUGUCUGCCUGGCGAGCAGCAAACCCUGGCGCCGCAUACCAGCUGCGUCAUCCUUGGCUGGGGCAAGAAGCGGUCUACUGACGUCCACGGGACCAGGAUACUGCAUGAAGCGCAGGUGUCAACAAUCCAGCAAGGCGUGUGCCGGCGCUCGUACUGGCAGUACGCGAUCACGGAGAACAUGGUGUGCGCGGGGCGCGGGCGCCGUGACUCUUGCGCCGGAGACUCGGGCGGCCCGCUGCUGUGUAGGGGACAAGACGCGCGCUAUUACUUACAGGGGAUCACGAGUUUCGGCGACGGCUGCGGCAAACGAGGCAAGUAUGGCAUCUACACGCGCACCGGCGGGUACGUCGCGUGGAUCAACAACGUUAUGGACAAUAAAUAUUUCGAUGAUUGACCACCCCU